UGGAGCUAACUAUUGAAUUUCAGUUCAUGGCUUUGGAGAGUAAAUUUACAUUUAUUGUUUAGGAUAUAAACAUUAAUCUAAGGAUGUACUACUAUAAUGUUCAGUUGAUGUGAAAAUAGUAUUUAGAAUUAGUAUUUGGAGGGAGAAAAAGUUGUUUAACAUUGAUUUUGAGGGGGUGUGGGGAAGGUGUUAGGUUGGUUAAUAAGUCGAGCAAGAGAGAGUUAAAGAGCAUUGAAUGCAUUUUGCAACUUCUUUGGACACACACCACUUGCCUUUCUACUUCACUUCUUCUACUGUUCAUUCCCUCUAUUCUCUAUCCAUUCCUUCUAUAUAUAUAAUCUCUCUCUCUGUCUCAUGACCUCAUCUUUUUGCUUUUGCAUCAUCCUCACUUUUCCUUCUCUUUCAGCAAUGAACCCCUCUCAGCAAUUUGUGGAACAUGGAGUGUCUCAGCAGAAUUUUAAGGGAUCAUCUUGUACAACUGUUCUCACUCUGGCUUAUCAAAGUCUUGGAAUAGUUUAUGGUGACCUCAGCACUUCUCCUCUUUAUGUUUACAAAACCACAUUCUCAGGGAAAUUGAGGCUCAAAGAAGAUGAUGAGGAGAUUUUUGGCGUGCUUUCAUUUAUCUUCUGGACAUUUACCAUUAUUGCUCUCUUCAAAUACGUUUUGAUUGUGAUGUCUGCUGAUGACAAUGGGGAAGGAGGUACCUUUGCAUUAUACUCACUUCUUUGCAGGCACGCAAGGCUAAGCAUUUUGCCUAAUCAGCAACCAACAGAUGAGAAGUUGUCUGCUUAUACCACAGAAGAUUCUGCAGACACAUGGCUUUCUGCUCAUUUGAAGUUGUUAUUUGAAAAGCACCCAAGGUUCCAGAAAGGACUGCUGAUCUUUGUUCUGCUGGGAACCUGUAUGACAAUUGGUGAUGGUGUGAUAACUCCUGCAAUAUCAGUUUUUUCUGCAGUUUCAGGAGUUCAAGUUAAGAUCAAAGAACUCCAUGACAAUUAUGUUGUCAUAAUCUCAUGUGUCAUUUUAGUCGCCAUCUUUUCCAUUCAACAUCAUGGAACACACAGAGUUGCUUUCAUGUUUGCCCCAGUUGUUGCAGCAUGGCUUUUGUGCAUCAGUGGUAUUGGUAUAUACAACAUAUUCCACUGGAACCGACAAAUAUACCGUGCACUUUCUCCACUCUACAUGUUGAGGUUCCUCAAAACCACUGGCAUUGAAGGAUGGAUGUCAUUGGGUGGAGUGGUACUUUCAAUCACAGGGGUGGAGACAAUGUAUGCUGACUUGGGUCAUUUUUCAGCACUCUCAAUAAAGAUUGCUUUCACAUGUCUAGUGUAUCCCUGCCUGAUUUUGGCAUAUAUGGGUGAGGCUGCAUUUCUCUCAAAGCACCAUUAUGACAUUCAAGGAAGUUUCUACAAAGCCAUUCCAGAAACUGUAUUUUGGCCAGUUUUCAUAGUGGCCACUUUUGCUGCCAUUGUUGGAAGUCAAGCAGUGAUUUCUGCAACCUUUUCCAUCAUAAGCCAGUGUUGUGCAUUAAAUUGUUUUCCUCCAGUUAAGAUUGUUCAUACAUCAAGCAGAAUAUACGGACAAAUUUAUGUCCCAGAAGUCAAUUGGACAUUAAUGUGCCUUUGUUUAGCCGUCACAAUUGGCCUAAGGGAUACAAACAUGAUGGGUCAUGCAUAUGGGUUGGCUAUCACCACUGUCAUGUUUGUGACAACAUGCUUGAUGACACUAGUAAUGGUCAUUGUUUGGAAGCAAGGAAUAAUAAAAGCCAUUAUAUGUUUGCUGUUGUUUGGAUCAAUUGAACUGCUCUACAUCUCAGCUUCUAUCUGCAAAGCCCCUGAAGGAGGAUGGAUCCCCCUUGUGCUAUCUUUUAUCUUUAUGAGUAUAAUGUUCACUUGGAACUAUGGAACAAUGAAGAAACAUGAAUUUGAUGUGGAAAACAAGGUUUCAACAAGCAAGAUCCUAUCCUUGGGGCCUUGCUUAGGCAUGGUUCGUGUCCCCGGAAUAGGAAUCAUUUUCAGUAAUCUGGCUUCAGGUGUUCCUGCUAUUUUUGGCCAUUUCGUUACAAACUUGCCAGCAUUCCAUCAAGUGCUAGUUUUUGUAUGUGUCAAAUCAGUUCAAGUUCCUUGUGUCUGCGACAAUGAACGGUUGAUCAUCAGCAGGAUCGGCCCGAAGGAGUACCAGAUGUUUUGUUGCAUUGUCAGGUAUGGUUACAAGGAUCUGCAACAAGAGAACUACAAUUUUGAGAACAAAUUGGUAAGUACAAUAAUACAGUUUGUAGAAAUGGAGAGUGCUCCAGAACCAACACAACAAGAAUUGUGUAUGGAUGGUGGAAACUUAAAUGUGGCACACCUUGGUGUUUCACAACACACUUUGCAUAGCUCAUGUUGUGUAGAGAAAAACUUCCCAUUUUCAUGCGUUUUACGUGUGAAGAAGAAUGAUGAUGAACAUCUUCAAGAGUCUCCCUAUAAAGACGAGUCUAUGCAGAUUUUAAAGGCCAAGGAGUCAGGUGUUACCUAUAUACUUGGACAUUCCUAUGCAGAGGCAAAGAAAUCAUCCUCCAUUCUAAAGAAAUUUGCCAUAGAUGUUGUUUAUGCUUUCCUAAGCAAAAAUUGCAGAGAUCCUGAUGUUUUUCUGAACGUAGCUCAUACUUCUUUGCUAGAAGUUGGUAUGGUUUACCAAAUCUAACUCUAACCAUUUCACAAAGAUAUUUGCAUAGAAGAAAAUAGUCAGUUUGUAAAUGUUUGUUAAUAACAUUAAAUACGACUUCUACAAGGCAGUGAUCACGAUCAAUCGGUUGUAGAUUUUACAUCAUUGAGCUCUAGGUUGUUCAUGAUUCUGUAUCUAAGAAUGUAAUUCAAAAAAUUGUUCAUACAAGGAAAGUAGAAUAUACACCGGCACAUAUUUUCUUGUAAUAAUAAUACUUAUUCUACA